UCGGCGGCGCUCCGCUUUCUCGGUCCCGCGGCUUCCUCCUUCCUGGCCCUCCGGGGCCUUCCGAGCGACUUGGGGCAGACAACAGAAAGACGUCCCAGGCCUGAUCCGGAUCACGGCUUCUUUGCAGAGCAGUGGAAACAGCCGUUCUGCCUAAGGCUCGCUCGGGUCAGGGAGAUGAACCAGGAACAGCCUGUGUCUCCCCUUCUUUCUCAUGGGGGGCUUUCAGCUGAUUCAAGAUGUCAAAGCAAGGGCCCUGUAUCCUUCGAGGAAGUGGCAGUAUAUUUCACGGAGGAAGAGUGGGCUCUGCUGGAUCCUGGCCAAAGAGCUCUGUACAGAGAAGUCAUGGUGGAGAAUUUUUGCACCGUGUCAUCGUUGGAAGGUGAUGAACAGGGUCCAAAUACAGUGAAUGUAGGAAGAGACCAGGAGGUAGAAGUCAAAGAAGCUGGGAAUCAAGGCAGACAGAAGAGAGAAGGAAAGCAGAAGUCAUUCACUGUCAAAAGGAGGGAUGUCCAGGAAAUCCUCUUUGAAGGCAAAAUACAGGAGGGGGGAAGAAGGAACAAGUAUCCUCUGAGUGGGAAAAGACCAGACUGCAAAUCAAGUUUUAAAGAAAACCAGAGAAAUCACACUGGAGAGAAACUGUAUGAAUUCUGGGAGUGUGGAAAGAGCUUUUAUAGUAGCAAAAGCUUUGCUAUUCAUUCACAGAUUCACUUCGAAGAGAAACCAUAUAAAUGCUUGGAGUGUAGUAAGAGUUUCAGUCGGAGAGACCAUUUAACUUUACAUCAAAAAAUUCACACAGGAGAAAAACUGUACAAAUGCUUGGAGUGUGGAAAGAGUUUCAGUCGGAGGGCCAAUCUAACUUCACAUCAAAGAAUUCACACAGGAGAGAAACCGUACAAAUGCUUGGAGUGUGAAAAGAGUUUCAGUCGGAGGGCCAACCUAACUUCACAUCAAAGAAUUCACACAGGAGAGAAACCGUACAAAUGCUUGGACUGUGGAAAGAGUUUCAGUCAGAGGGCCCAUCUCACUUCACAUCAAAGAAUUCACACAGGAGAGAAACGAUACAAGUGCUUGGAGUGUGGAAAGAUCUUUAGUUACAGCAGAAGUCUUACUAUUCACCAAAGGAGUCACACUGGGGAGAAACCAUAUAAAUGCCUGGAGUGUGGAAAGAGUUUCCGUCAGAUCUCAGACCGUAGUAUUCACCAAAGGAUUCACACUGGGGAGAAACCAUAUGAAUGCCUGGAGUGUGGAAAGAGUUUCAAUCGGAACUCAUACCUUACUAUUCACCAAAGGAUUCACACUGGGGAGAAACCAUAUGAGUGCCUGGACUGUGGAAAGCGUUUCAUUUGCAACUUAUACCUCACUAUCCACCGAAGGAUUCACACUGGGGAGAAACCGUAUGAAUGUCUGAAAUGUGGAAAGAGUUUCCGGCAGAGAUCGUACUUUACUUAUCACCAAAGGAUUCAUAGUGGAGAGAAACCAUAUAAAUGCUUGGAGUGUGGAAAGAGCUUUAGCAGGAGCAUAAAACUUAAUAGUCAUCAAAGGAUUCACACCGGCAAGAAACCAUAUAAAUGCUUGGAGUGUGGAAAAAGUUUCAGUCACAGCUCAUGCCUUACAUCUCACCAAAGGAUUCACACAGGAGAGAAACCGUAUAAAUGCUUGGAGCGUGGAAAAAGUUUCAGUCACAGCUCAUGCCUUACAUCUCACCAAAGGAUUCACACAGGAGAGAAACCGUAUAAAUGCUUGGAGUGUAAAAAGAGUUUCAGUAGGAAGGACUGUCUAACAUCACAUUACAGAAUUCACAGAGGGGAGAAACGAUAUCAGUGCUUGGAGUGUGGAAAGAGCUACAGUCACAGCAAAAGCCUUGCUAUGCAUCAAAAGAAUCAUACUGGGGAGAACAUGUAUGAACGCAUGAAGUGUGGAAAGGCUUUCAAUCAGAGAUCACACUUUACUUCUCACCAAAGAAUACACAUGGGAGAGAAACUGUAUAAAUGCUUGGAGUGUGAAAAGAGUUUCAUUCGGAAAGACUAUCUAACUUUACAUCAAAGAAUUCACACAGGAGAGAAACCAUAUAAAUGCUUAGAGUGUGGAAAGAGUUUCAGUCGAAGUUACAGUCUAACUACUCAUCAAAAAAUUCACACAGGAAAGAAACCGUACAAAUGCUUGGAGUGUGGACAGAGUUUCAGUCGGAGGGCCAAUCUAACUUCACAUCAAAGGUUUCACACGGUGGAAAAGUUGUAAAAAUACUUGGUUUGUUGAAAGAGUUUCAGUCAGAGCUCAUAACAUUAUUUACCAAUGUAUUCACACUGGAAGAAACUGUAUAAAUGCUUGUAGUAUGGAGAGAGUUUCAUUUAGAGGGACCGUCUAAAUUCUCAUCAGAGAAUUCGCACCAGGAAGAAAUUGUACAAAUGUUUGGCGUGUGGAAAGAGGUGUCAGCUCACACCUUACUUCUCGCUGAAGGAUUCAUACCGGAGAGAAUCUGUGCAAAUGAAGAUGCUCUCUGUUGCAAAGGAGUCAUAUCUGUCAUUGCUACAUCAGAAAUCCACAAUUAUUUUCUAUUAUAAGAAGGGCUUUUUGUCUAUCUUGUUGCUUUUUGUAAACAACCUUUCUUUCAUUAGAGCCAUGUUAUGUUAGUUAUGUAUACUUGUAGUUGGUUUCCUUUCUAGGUUAGCUAUAAUUUGGAUUACAUCAACAAAAGUGCUACGAAAUGGCAGGUAACUGAUGUUGAAUUUGUUGACAGCUGCGAGCAUCAUGGAAACUGGAAACUUUACAGAAUACUGGGAGGUUGAUUGAAGUAAAUCUGUUAUGAUAUUUAUGAAUAAAGCAACUGUAUAGACAUUUAAGGGGUGAAACAUCUAGACCAGAAGUAUCUAUUCAGCAACAGCAUGUGUUUAUUAUUUAUUGGAGUCACGUAACACAAGAACUGAGGUAUGGUAUGCUUUUCUGUUUCUGAUUUUUAUUGGUAUCUGCCUGUCUAAUUUCUGAAAUGUAUAGGCAGGCAAAUUCAAUCAUUGAUUUUCUCUGUUAGUGUGUUUGAUAGCCAUUGUAUUGUAGUGAUGAUAAUGUUGGUACCGGUUGUGGGAGACCAGGGUGUCGUUUAU